AGACCCAGUGCUGAAACAUAGACAGAGCCCUAGCUCAUUGGCCCGUGCUGAAUAUGGUUGUGCAAAAGGCAGCCACGCCCACACUGCCAGCCGCAGCGGUGGCAGACGGCCCGGGCAACUGCUACAUGCAACAGUAUCAGAAAUAUGCCACACACUGCGAGACGGCGGACAGCGGCAACGGCAGCGACCUGGAGAGCAACGGCGGCCCCGUGCAGGCCACGCUCAUCCUAACGGACGACAGCGAGGAGAGCGAGCCCUCCUCCUUGAACAGCGACAGCCUCAACUGCAGCAGCACGGAGUACGUGCGGCAGGCAGCCGCCAAGCCCAGCGGACAGUUGGGACAGCGGCAGCGACACAAAUCGCUGCGCAUGCUGGGCACGCUGCUGCCGGACUCGCUGCUGCGCGACAUACGGGACAGACGGAGUGCGGAGUAUGUGGUGCAGUUCAGCAGCCCCGUCGAGGUCAAGGACAAGCCGCCAAACCGGCAGGCCAAGGUAGUGACCAUAGCUGAGCCAGAGACAGACAGAGAGAGGGAGAGGGAGAGGGAGACGGAGGUGGAGACAGAGACAGAGACGGAGGCAGAGUCGUUGCGCUUGUCGCGCGAGUCGCUCAACGAGGCGAAGAUCGAGGAGCUGCGCGCGGCGGUGCAGCGAGCCAACUUUGUGCAAACCGGUGAGCAGGCACAGCUGGCAGCCACGUCGCAAACGGACAGCCGCAACAGCAACGGUAACGGCAACAGCAACGGCAACAGCAACAACAACAGCAACCGAUGCAGCAGCAACUACAAAUAUGCGGACGAUCAAUACUACAGCUUUCACAUAAACGAGCACGAGAACUUCAGGAGCUUUGUGCGGCACGGGGACCAGCGGGACGCGGCCGCCGAGGAUGAGGAGCACGACGUGUUCGCUGGCUAUCGCGAUGUGCGCAGCAGCGCCAGCUCCACACAGUCCACAAUACGCUCCGCCAAGGGAACGGUGCGCGGCGUUAAGAAUCGUGUGCGCAAUGGAAUAGCCACGUUCUUGCAGCUGCAGCAGCAGCCGAAUGCAAAGUGCUUCAUGGAGAAAGACCUGGGCAAGGUGGUGCUCUACACGACCAGCAUGGGCGUCAUACGAGACACCUACACGAAAUGUGCCAACGUUAAGCAGAUACUGCGCACUCUGCUGGUCAAGUUCGAGGAGCGGGACGUCUUCAUGAGCGUCGAGUAUCAGGCCGAGAUACGGCAGCGCAUGCAGAGCUCACAGAUCCGGGUGCCCCAGCUGUAUGUGGAGGGCCAGCACAUCGGCGAUGCGGCCACAGUGGAGCGCAUGAAUGAGUCCGGGGAGCUGCGGCAGCUGCUGAAGCCCUACAAGACCAUCGCCAGCAACUACACCUGCCAGACCUGCGGCGGCUAUCGGCUGCUGCCGUGCCCCUCGUGCAACGGCUCCAAGAAAUCCGUGCAUCGCAAUCACUUCACGGCCGAGUUCGUGGCGCUCAAGUGCAUGAACUGCGACGAGGUGGGCCUGGUCAAGUGCCACAACUGCUGAGUGGAGAGCAGAGCCCUUCGACCAUAUACAUACAUACAUACAUAAAAUUAUACAGACAUAUGCUCGUACUUAGCACUUAAGCGCGCUAUUUGCAUUUUGUAUAACCCCUAAUCGUAAGCCCAGUUUAACUUAGUCAACAACAACAACAACAACAACAUGAAGAGCAAGAAGCAGAACAACAAGAAUGCAAACAUACUAACUAACCCUGUCUAGAUCUAAGUAGUAAAUAGUUUUGAAAAGGCAA